AACGCGAGGCAGUACCUAGCUCGCAGCGAAUCAGUCGUUCUUCGAAACUCAGGCCCCACCGCGGAAAGUCACCCAAGUUCAGCAAAGCCCGAUAUCCCUUUUAAUCAUGUCGCAACCAUCCGAUGCCGUUAUGUUAGCUGCCGCCGGCGGUUUCGACCCCGUCGCUUUCGGUAAGGACUUCCUCGCCGGAGGUAUCUCUGCCGCCGUUUCCAAAACCGCCGUCGCCCCCAUCGAACGUGUAAAAUUGUUAUUGCAAGUGCAGCACAUCUCCAAGCAAAUCCCGGAAGACCAAAGAUACAAAGGUAUUGUCGACUGCUUCAUCCGUAUCCCCAAGGAACAGGGAAUCGGAGCUUUCUGGCGUGGUAACCUCGCCAAUGUCAUCCGUUACUUCCCCACACAGGCCUUGAACUUCGCCUUCAAGGACAAGUACAAGCAGGUCUUCUUGGGUGGCGUUGACAAGAACACUCAAUUCAUGAGGUAUUUCGCUGGUAACUUGGCCUCUGGUGGUGCUGCUGGUGCCACUUCUCUCUGCUUCGUAUAUCCUCUUGACUUCGCCCGUACUAGGUUAGCUGCUGAUGUCGGUAAAUCCGGAGCAGCCAGAGAAUUCAACGGUCUUGGAGACUGUUUGUCCAAGAUCUUCAAAUCUGACGGUAUCGUUGGAUUGUACAGAGGUUUCGGAGUCUCAGUCCAAGGUAUCAUCAUCUACAGAGCCUCUUACUUCGGUCUCUUUGACACAGCCAAGGGAAUGUUGCCUGACCCCAAGAAGGCUGGAUUCUUCAUCUCGUGGGGUAUUGCCCAGGUUGUUACAACAGUUUCCGGUAUUGUUUCAUACCCCUUCGACACAGUGAGGAGGCGUAUGAUGAUGCAGUCUGGUCGUGCCAAGUCUGAAAUUAUCUACAAGAACACACUCCACUGCUGGGCUGUCAUUGCCAAGACUGAAGGCACAGGCGCCUUCUUCAAGGGAGCCUUCUCCAACGUAUUGAGAGGAACUGGUGGCGCUCUCGUCCUUGUCUUCUACGACGAGCUCAAGAAAUUGAUUGGUUAAGUGCCAACCUAACUCCGUAACCAGCUGUAUAUUUUCAACGUUAUUGUAUUAAAGUUCCGAAACCUACUUUUAAUUGUAAGAAAAGACAUCCUCCGGAUGCCAGAGUGACUUGGUGAUCUUUUACUGACCGUGCGAACGAUAACAUCGGGGUUCUGGGUAUUGUUAGUCGACCCGUAAGCUGCUUUUGAUUUUUAUUUGUAUCCUACCAGCUAGAUAGUAGUACAAACAAAACAGUGCAUUCUUGGUAGUCAGUCCAUUACCGUUAACUUGUACGCGAAAUAAUUCCAUUAAACUUGUUUCUUUUUUUAAAUUAAUUUCUAUUUAUUUUUCUCAUUUUGUAUUUGUUAGAAUAAUUCUUGUCUCUUGUUAACGCGCAGCCGCGCGCUAAAGUGAAGGGAGCUCUCCGAACACCUUGUGACACCGCCAGCAAACAAAGCUGAUUUUAAUUUUGAUUGCAUUAAUCAUUGUAUAGAACAAAACCUCUGUAUAGUUCUAUCCAUAUACAUUAUAUGUAUGUGAAAGAGAUACUGUUGUUAUUACAAUUGAUUGUACUUUUUGAAAGUCCUUUUUUGUACUUUUUUUUUUGCAACUGUCUGAAUAUCGAUCUCGAUUCCAGAACGAAAGAAAAUGUGUUUCUCUAAGAAACAAAGCGAUACCUGUGACGAAUUUAAGUUUUUACCCAUCAGUUUAAAGCAAUUUUAUUUGAUUCGUCAAUAUUUUAAAAGAAUAAAGUCUAAAUAAAAUUUUA